AUGCCGAAGGGCCAUGAAAUUUUUAAAACAGCUCGGGCUGAUGCCAACAUCGGCCCCAGCCUACGUCGCACAAAGAGCUCCAUCGAGAUACUCUUCACGAUGCACGUGGUCUUGCUGAAGACGUUGUUGGAGAUGGUGACACCGAAGCCGCACGAGGAGCUUGAGAGGGAGGGGCUCUUGGUAAGCUUCCGAUCCUUCAUGGGCGAUGUGAUCUUCGUGUCUCACCAGUGGACGGGGCUUCAUCAUCCUGACUGCUCCGGCGAGCAGCUCCGUUUCUUGCAGGAGGCCCUCCGCCCAGGCCUUCAGGGGCGUCGCAUACAGCCGAGCAUUGAGUCUGAGAUGCUGAAUAUGAAGCGGCCCAAAGGAGAGACCCAAGCGGUGACGCCACGGGAGCUCUUCGUGUGGUAUGACUUCUUCAGCUGCCCUCAGGAGGAUCGGACGAACCUGCAUGCAGCCAUCAGUAGCAUUCCUGCGUACAUUGAGUCCUGCAAGUAUUUCGUGAUCCUCGCACCCUUCGUGCGGCAUGAGAAUGGAGACCUCAUGGGCCGUCAUUCCUGGUCACAGCGGGCUUGGUGUCGAUUCGAGCGGAUGGCCCGCGUUCUGAGCAAGCGCGAGGACGCGAGCGUGAUGAUCGAGAUCCAGAGUGGAUCCCAUUUGACGGAGGCCACCACUUUCGAGUGGGUGAAGUGCCCCGUGGGAGAAGGCGCCUUUAGCUUUCCCGAGGACCGCCCAAAGGUGGCUAAUGCCAUGUGCGAGAUGCUCCGGGACAAGUUGAAGUAUUACCUCUCUUCCGGUGACAUGCACAACUUUCGGGUCAUGCUGAACCUCCAGAGGGUGCUCCUGAGAGGUCUCGGUGAGGACCCCGUGGAGGAUUUGAUUCCAGGAGGGAGCGGCUUGGAUCCCAUGGCGAAGUUCAUGCACCAAAACUGCUUGAAAAACAUGGAGCGGCAAAGAUCUGGUUGGAGCCCGCUAUGCUAUGCCGUGCUUUCGGGGGACACCAAGGUAGUUUCCGCUUUACUUCAGGGCAAGGCCGAUGUGAAUGACAGAAUCACCAAGCGAGACAACAUCAUGCAGUUUGCUCAGAAUACGACCGUGCUUGACAUGUGCAGCUUUCUGAAGCACAACGAGUGUGUGAUGCUCUUGCUGGAAGCUCGCGCCGACCUGGCCAGAAAAGACGGCUACAGUGCCAUGGCAGUACACUGGGCCGCAGGAGCUGACAAUCAAGGAGCUGUCCGAAUUCUGAAGGAAAGGGGCUCGAGCAUGUCGGCCUUGAACAUUUUGGGGCUCGAGCCGAUUCAUAUGGCUGUGGCUGGGGGCCAUGUGCACAGCAUGAUGGAGUUGCUGGAUAUCACGAGCCCUGAGAGUUUGAGCCUGGCCCUUCAUGUAUCUAUCCUGUACAAGGCACAGUCACCUGAGGCCGUUGCAAUCCUGAUAGAGAAGAAGGCUGACAUCAACAACCAACUUGCCCUCCCGACCUUCAGUACACUCUCCCUGCUCUUUGGUGCGAUGACAUUGCGCCACAAGUGGAGACAAUCUCUUCUGAGCACGUAUGCCCAUCACCACUCCAAGGCCACUCCCUUGAUGCUAAGUCUCUGUAGCCAAGCCUACGCAGCAGCUGCGAUUCUCAUAGCUUCUGGGGCGCGCUUGGACCUCAAGAACAGUCGGGGCUGUACGGCGGCCGACAUCGCUCAACUCACGGCGGCCCCCGAGUGGGUGCUGAGAGCUGCGAGGGGAGAGGCAGAAGCCAUCCGUGCCUGCGAGGACAUGGCGGACGAGCACGGCCACAGGAUUUGGCUGCGGAUGUAG